CGUAAAGUGCUGCGUAAGCGGCUGCUGCGACGACCUACACCUGUACCGUUUGGAAUUUGUGAUCCCGUAGAGGGUGAAAAGUAAACGAAGGCGACCCACCACGCUUUUCUGACGCUCCUUCUCGUCGCCUCCGCACAGGGGAAUAGCAGUAGUAACACCACGUUGAUCACCAACUAGAUCGACGUGGGCAGCAGUUUUACAAUCUUGUUUGGUUGUUUUGUUUAUUUGUCGCCCGGAGUGGCGAACCUGCGGAACAAGUAAACUGCGACCGCGUACGACGAGCGUUUUUUUUUCAGUCUGUCUCAGUGGGUCAAGUAGUGCGAAUGAUCAUUCUCGAUCGUGUUCUUCAAAACGGCGAAAGUGCGGAAGUUUGAUUUUGGAAGCGUCACUAUUUGAAUUUUUGCGGUCGAUUAACGCGACGGAAUCGAAUUCCAGUUCGUAAAGUGAAAUUUUUUAACAAAAUCGUUGUAAGUGUAUCUGCACUUUGGUUGGGAAAUAAUAUUUUAAAGAGAAAAAAACGUUGUUUAGGUAAAAAUUUCAAACAUUAACCCACUCCCGGUGCGGUGGUGGUGGCGGAGCAUGUGUGCUGCUGUUUGCUUUGUGUCCUAUUUAUUGCUGAUGUCGUGAGCAUUGGUAUUGAAAAAUAAUAUUUCCCACUGCCAUCAAGGGGCAAGCGCCCCUCACCCGCCUAUAUUAGCUGUCGAUGGUAGAAGUGGAGGAACAAAAAAAAAAAGAAAAAAGUAAAAUAAAUUACCAGUUUCGAAGUUGUCUGUGACGGGUAUGUGGCUGGGUACUAUGUGGUAAUAGUUUCGUGGCAUGUGUAAUGAUUAAGUUCCGUCCGAGCGGGGCCUAACCUGUGCUAGGUAUAUCCUUAAACUCUUCUGCCCCAUCAACGGUGUCCUGUGUACAGGGGCCAGAGGGACAAACACACACAAGAAGGGGUGAGGGGGAGAAACGAAAAUAGAUAGAUAGUUACGUGUACCAAUGAUGUGGCCAGGAGCGGUGAUGUCUAGCUAGUAAAUAUGUCCUUUCAAUUGAUAGUUCUCUAGUAAAUGGUGUACGAACUUCCCCUCCGUUCAACACAGAAACACAGCACCAAGGGUGGCUUGAGGGUUCUUGAUGGUCGCCGCUUGCAGCAAUAUCUUCCGUGGGUCCAGAAAAUUUUAUCAAUAAAUAUGAGUCCAGUUCUACAACCAUGGUCAGUCCUACAUUUCCGGUGCAUCUAAAUGGUUCUUCAGUUCUCUGAUCUCUUUUUAGAACCGAAAGGGUUUCUGUGUUAGAUUACUGUUGGUAUCUCAGUGAAAAUAAUAACCACUGUUGUAUAGUGUAGUGUGUACUCCAUGAGUGUAGUUACUGUGGUGAAGAUAUAUCGUUUCUUUUUGUAAGGAUUAGGAUCUCUUUACACUAAGCAGAUCGUACGAUCGUUUUUGGAUCUACAAUAGUCACACAUACACAGCGUUAUGAAUGAGCUGUAACAUGAAGCGUGGUAACGAAGAUGCCAGCGAUGGUACGAAUGAAGAACAGUUGUCCGCCGAACAGGAUGGUUCGAACGAUGAGCAGAAUGCAAAAAAUAAUGCUCAGGCAGAAGAUUCAUCCGAUUCCAGCACAAAGUCCUCAGUGAAGCGAAUGCGGUCCGAAGAUCAGGAGGUACGGCUGUUGAUUCCGAGCAAGAUGGCUGGAGCAAUCAUUGGAAAAGGCGGCCAUAAUAUCCAAAAGUUACGGACAGAGUAUCAAGCCCAAGUGAAUGUAGGCGACUGUACUGGCCCCGAACGUGUUCUUACUAUUGGUGGCGAUAUGGAGACGGUGACGAAAGUUGUGAAAGACGUGAUGAAGCAUCUUGAUCGGGCCGGAGAUAAUGAGUACGAGCUGAGAAUACUGAUCCAUCUAAGCCUGGCCGGAUGUGUCAUCGGUCGCGGUGGAAGCAAAAUAAAGGAGAUAAAAGAUGAAAUUGGAUGUCGGCUGAAGAUCUUCUCGAACAUACCACCGCAAAGUACAGACCGCAUUGCUCAAGUGAUAGGCAGCGAGGAACAAUGUCUGAAGACGUUGAACGAAAUCAUCAAGCUAAUCAAAGGCACACCGAUCAAGGGUCCGGUACAUAACUACGAUCCGCACAACUACGAUGACAUGUAUGCCGACGAGUACGGUGGCUACGGUAUCGGUGGUGGCGGUGGUGGUAGCGGAGCAUUCCGUAAUGGUGGCCGCAAUGCUGGCGGUGCUGCACCCGGUAGCGGAUACGAUCGGCGCGGAGGCGAUCGGUACGAUGAUCGAGGCCGCACCAACCGUGGAUACGAUCGGGGUAAUGAUCGCGCAAACCGUGGUGCCGGUGCAGGCGUUGGUGGAGGUGGCGGCGGUGGAAUGAGGGAUCGAGACUACAUCAAUCCGUGGGCAAAUCCCAUCAAUGGAAAUAAUAUGGGCGGCAGCUUCGGAGGUGGCAACAGUCUUGCCCUCGGUAAUCUCGGUAGCCUGAAUCUGGGCGGUGCCGGUGGCAAUUUGGGCAACGGCAGCCUCGGUAACUUUGGCGGUGGCAACAACGGUGCUAUGGAUAACAAAACCUCAACGCAGGUUACAAUUCCCAAAGAUCUGGCUGGUGCCAUCAUUGGCAAGGGAGGUGGCCGAAUACGUCGCAUCCGAAAUGAAUCGAACGCUUUUAUCCAGAUAGACGAAGCCUUACCCGGUUCGAAUGAUCGAAUCAUUACGAUUACGGGAACACCGAAGGAAAUUCAAGCUGCGCAGUACAUGCUACAGCAAAGCGUUCGUGAAAACCUGAGUGGUGGUGCUGGAUCGGGCGGUGGUUUCAAUCGCAACUAAGUGCACCCCCCUGAUGCGUGAUGUUUUUCCUCGGAAGUGUGUACGCUCCAACGCACCAUAAUAAGUGGAAUAAAUAGAGUAUGUGGGCAGUGUGUAGAAAAUACUUGGAACUUUUAGAACUGCGUAGGGCAUGGUAGGGUAAACGUAAAAAAAAACAGCCUAGUCUCCUCCUCCACCUAGCGCGUAUCGUUUCUCUAUAAGCCGUAAUAAUAGUAACACCUCAGGGUGUUAGUAAGAAUGUGAACUUGUAUCUUUUUACCACUUGACUACGUACAUUUUAUCUCAAUAGCCACGUGUUCACACGUGAAUCGCCCAGUAACGAGAACAGCAUUUUACAACGAUUUAUUUGUUAUCCCGAGAUGAUGUAGCAUCAUGUGCGCGUGUUUUCAUCGGUGUUUGCGAUGCGGCAUUUUUCUCGCCUGGAGGUCCACUGCUAGGAAGCGUAUAACUUUACUGUUUUAUCUAAUCACGAAGAAGCGUAAGGGUUCGGUCUCUAUGGUUCAGUUAUGCGUCAGUUUCAAUUAUUAUUUCUUCUAGAGAUAUUUGUUUGCUUUACCUUCACCCGAUGUGUGUGCUACAGCAAGAAAGUAUGUGGUACCGUAGGUUGUGAAACGAGAAGAAAAUAUAUAUGAUUUUGCCUAGUGCAUCACUAGAGAGAGUGAGAGAGAGAGAGAAAAAAAAGAAAAGCGAAUGUGGGGAACCUUUCGUUUUGUUCCGAGCCAAUAAUAAUACGGGCAUUUUCUUUACGUUUAGUAGUUCAGAUCGGCAGUUAAUGACCGGCAGGGUAUUUAGUUUAUAGUUUAACGUUCAUUUUACAGUUUCAGUUCUGUUUUGUCAAUACAAGGAGCAAAGGAACAGCGCGGCUGGUUUCUAGAUUUCUACAAAACCGAGUCCUCCACGCGUAAUGAUGCAAAAACAGAAAAACAGAAAAAAACAGAGAGAAGGAGAGAAGUGCUGGAAUACGGAAGAGGAAACAUUUUUUCCCAAAAAAAAAACAGUGUAAUGUUAAGUGUCUUUCUUCUAACCAGCAUAAAUUCCAGUAAUCUCAUGAAUUAAAUAGAAUCGAAAUAAAAAAAAAACAAAAGUCCAUAGCUUAUAAGGGCUAGGCGCGCUCGGUCAAGUUAAUACUAUUCCUCUCCCUAUCAUACAUCCUGCUACAACAAUUUAUACGGCCCAGUGUUAGGAUGCAUCCUGCAAUUAUAUUCUACCGAUUUCCUGGUUUGACUCCCAACACGUGCACAUGUCUUUAUGUGCGUAUGUGUGUGUGCGCCCCCACGAUAGAGCGUAGUAAAUAGGGCGAGGACGGACGGUAUGAUCACUCAAUCCUCAACGCAUUUUGUCAGAUUGUACUACUUCCAUUUAAUGAUAAGAGGUGUGAUGAUGAACCAACCAUUUAAUCAACCAUCCAACCAGCCAUCCAAUGAACCAAAACAAUGACACACACACACGCACACUCAUAAACAUAAACACAAGUAAAAAUUUAACUAUUCCAAGCCUACGGUUCUCCAAGCUGGGAAUGGGUAGUAGUCGAUCUUUUAAUAACUUGUACGAUUUCAUCUCUUUACACAACCCCCCCGACAUGAGUGUGAGUGUAUGUUGUCGCCUGUUAGUGUGGGAAACGGGGGGGAAAUAGAAAAGGGAAGUCGCGCCAUUAAUAGUACAUUAAAUGUAAUUGAAAAGCAACAAACAAAAGUAAAACACACACACAUAUACACAAUUCUCUCACAAGCAUACCAAAUGUAUUGAAAGUGCUCUAACUCUAUGCGCUGUUAUUAGCGAUAGAAAAAAAACAAGUAAAGCAGAAGAAUAUAUUAGAUGGUAACAAAAAAACAAACAAAACACUUAAAAGUUGUCUUUUAGAAAGGUAAAAAAAGAUGCGUGCGUAUGUAGGAGAAGAUAUAAACUUCUGAAAGAAGGAAGUAACAUCUAAUUGUAACACUUCGAACGCAAACAUGUUCAGUAAUACAAGAAAUGCUGAGAGUACAUUAAAGUAGUACGCCCCAGAACGUACAGAAAGUCAGUAGAAAGUAGACACAGAAAGGCGCGGUGUUGAAAUUGAAACCAGACAGACAGAAGACUAAUUGAAACGGUUAAACACAGACUAGAGAAGAACGCAAAAAACGAAAUUGUAGUAUUAAAAGAAAUAUAUAUGGAUAGUGGAGACCUUA